AUGGCAGAUAGAAUCCUGUGUAAAUCUACAGUCGAUCUAGUUGCGAUUGUAACUGAUAUAAUCUGGUUUGUGGACUACUAUAUUACUCAAAACAUCAGAGAAUGUUUGAAUGAUUUCGCCGCCAUGCUGGAUCAUCAAACGCUGCUGCCGCUUAUUAACAAGCUACGCAUCCUCUCCAAUCGACUGGAUGACCAGGUUACGCAGAAGGAAGACGAGUUGAAUAUUCUGGAAGAACUGGUGAUGGCCGAGCAGCUAGUGCCUGAGCAAGAGGCGCUGCAGACAUACUUUGUGAAAAAUCUCGAGAACAAAGUCGCCAAGGUGAUCCAGAUGCUGGACGAGGUACUGCGGUUCACAGAAACGUGCAACAUGGUUUAA